UAUAAAAUGGCAUCUACCAUUGCCACUACUCUCUCUUCUACUAUCUCCUCAAUCAUCUUCUCCAAACCACCCUCUUCUUCUUCUUCUUCUUCUUCUUCUUCCAAAUUGGUCUCUUUGGCCAUUACAAUGGCUUCUAAGGCCAAGGAGGGUUCUUCUUCUUCUUCUUCUUCUUCUUCUUCUUCUUUCAAGGUUAUAGACUCUCAUCUCCAUGUAUGGGCCACUCCCCAAGAGGCUGUGGAGAAAUACCCUUAUUUCCCAGGAAAUGAGCCCUCACUUCGCGGAGAUGUCGAUUUCUUGCUUGAGCAAAUGGCAGAAGCAGGAGUGGAUGGAGCUCUCAUUGUGCAACCCAUAAAUCAUAAGUUCGACCACUCUUACGUGACUAGUGUUCUAAAGAAGCAUCCGUCCAAAUUCGUCGGUUGUUUGCUCGCGAAUCCUGCCGAAGACGGAAGCGGGGUUAAGCAGCUCGAAGAUCUAAUUGUGAAGGACGGAUACCGUGCCGUUCGAUUCAACCCGUAUUUAUGGCCCUCCGGUCAAAAGAUGACGAAUGAAAUCGGGAAGGCGAUGUUCGCUAAAGCAGGCGAACUUGGCGCGCCAGUGGGAUUUAUGUGCACAAAGGGGCUUAACUUACAUAUCGAAGAAAUAGAGGAGCUGUGCACGAAUUAUCCUUCGACUCCGGUUAUACUUGAUCAUAUGGCCUUUUGCAAGCCGCCGAUAAAUGAUGAGGAACAAAAGGCCUUCUCUACGUUGCUUCGGCUAUCCCGAUUCCCGCAGGUGUAUAUAAAAUUUAGCGCAAUUUUCCGCUUCUCGAGAGAACCGUAUCCGUUCCAGGACACGUCUCCCCUUCUCGCCCAAGUGAUCGCGAGCUACGGAGCCAACCGCGUCAUGUGGGGAAGCGACUUCCCUUACGUCGUUCCCGAAUGCGGGUACAAAGAAGCGAAGGACGCGAUCUCGCAUCUCGCUGGGCGGAUCCCCGCGUCGUCGCGGGCGGAUUUGGAGUGGAUUUUGGGAAGAACAGUUUCUCAACUUUUCCGGGACUCUCCAUGGAAUGCUUAAUAAGCAGGGAAAAAGCUUGUUUGCUUUUGUUUUUAUUUCAUUAUUUGUAUGUGUGUAGUUGAUGAUAUUUGAGUUGUGUGAUUUGUGAAAUAAUUCAAAACUAUGAUUCAUUUGAGAAGAACACUUUUGUGAUAAAAUGAAAUGAACAUUAGUGUUGGUUGUGACA